UAUAUUUCCAUCCUCCUUCAAACUACUCUCUUUCAUUUCUUUUCAUUUCAUUCUAUAGCACUCAAGAAGAGAGGGGGAGGAGAAAGAGAGGCCUCAUGUUUAAACUGAAUAUGAUUAGUUUUAUGGGAAACUCAAAGUUUUUCUGGUGAAUUUUCUUUCUGUGGAAAAUCCAUGGGCCAGAAAAUGGAGUACUGAUUUAUGGCCUUUUGAGAUCUGAUGCUAGAGUUUUAACCAUUUGGGUAUUAGUCGAGAAAGAUCAAAUUUGUAGAAGGGAUAAAAUGGUGUUUGUGUUGAAUUGGUUCUUAGAGUUCUUGCAUGUAUAGAAAUUGGACUUUGAUGUGUUAUCUGGUAAAUGGGUUGCUAAAGUUGGAAUUUUUUUCGUUAGUGGCCUGAGUUCAGAGAUUAAGCUAGGAGUGGGAAUGGGGAAUAUUGAAUUGAAUGAUGACGAUAAGUCUAUGGCGGUUGCGGUUUUGGGAAGUAAGGCAUUCGAUUUCUUGAUUUCGAAGUCAGUUUCAAUGGAAUGCUCAUUGAUGUCUGUGGGGAAUGGUAAGAAUUUGCAGAAUAAGCUUUCAGAUCUUGUGGAGCGUACUAAUGUGGCAAAUUUUAGCUGGAAUUAUGCGAUUUUCUGGCAACUUUCGUGCUCCAAGUCUGGUGACUUGGUCCUGGGAUGGGGAGAUGGGUGUUGUCGAGAGCCUCGUGAAGGUGAGGAGUCGGCAAUUAGUUUUAUUUUCAAACCGAGACUUGGGAACGAGACUCAACAAAGGAUGAGGAAAAUGGUUUUGCAGAUGUUGCACAAUUUGUUUGGGGGAAUUGAUGAGGACAAUUAUGCUUUUGUAUUGGAUAAGAUUACAGAUACUGAAAUAUUCUUCCUUGCAUCAAUGUACUUUUCUUUCCCUAAAGGAGAAGGUGGUCCGGGGAAGUGUUUUGAAUCUGGGAAGCAUAUCUGGAUAUCGGAUCUAUUUAAGUCAUCAAUUGAUUUUUAUAUCAGGUCAUUCCUUGCAAAGUCUGCUGGUAUGCAAACAGUUGUUUUGAUUCCAACCGAUGUUGGAGUGGUGGAGUUAGGAUCAAUGCAAUCCAUCCCCGAAAACUCGGAGUUAUUGGAGAUAGUAAGAUCAUCCUUUUCGUCGUUUUCAUUGCGUAAUAUGGCCGAGAAAUCUGUGGCUGUGACAGAGGUAACCGACAAAAUAAAUGGAGAUGGCUCCACAUGUAGCUUGGCAAUUGGUAACGAACAGGGAGUGGUUACCAAGUUGCUUGGGAAGGAUUCAGAGCCGGGUAGCGCACAAUUCAGAAUAAACCUUUCUGUUGGAAAAUUGAAAGACAGGCAACAGGAUGUAUCUGCUAGUGGGAACAGAUUGUCAUUCGCCAACACCGUGAAUGGUUUUGAUGCUGCUCGGUGGACGCAAAUCAACAAUGUAAAACCAGGGAACCCACUGGAAAUUUGCAGACCUCAGGCUCCAGGGAAAAAAUUACAUAAACUUGUUAAUGGGGCGAGGGAUGGGUUUCAGCUUAAAAAUUUUCAGCAACAAAAAUCUGCAAAAAUGCACAUUGAUUUUGCUGGAGAGACCUCCAAGUCAACUCCUCAGCCUAUUUGUGUCGAGUCUGAGCAUUCAGAUGUUGAGGCUUUGAGCAAGGAAGAGCAUGCAAGCCUAUUGGAGGAGAUAAAGCCUAGGAAGCGCGGCCGGAAACCUGCCCAUGGAAGAGAAGAGCCACUCAAUCAUGUACAGGCAGAGAGGCAACGACGAGAGAAGUUGAACCAACGAUUCUAUGCAUUGCGAGCUGUUGUGCCGAAUAUCUCCAAGAUGGACAAAGCUUCUCUUUUGGGAGAUGCUAUUGCUUAUAUAAAUGAACUUGAGAAGAAGUUGAAGGACCUGGAAUUGGAGAAGGAAAAACUUGGAAGCUCUUCUGGAGAGUCAUUGUCUUUGGAAGCUAAACCAAAUUCAGAAAUGCACGAACCAGUUCCCAGCAUUGAAAUCCAAACAGUCCAUGACAAAGUCAUCGUGAAGGUAAGCAGCCCAUUGAACACCCACCCCAUAGCAAGGACUGUCCAAGCAAUCAAGGAUGCACAGGCUACUAUUCUUCAGUCAUUGGUUGUCGCAGGGAGUGAAAAAGUGUUUCACACAUUUGUUGUCAAGCCGCAAGGAUCAGAACAACUAACCCAGGAAAGGUUGAUAGAAUUACUUUCCCGCGAGUCCAACACCUCACAGCCAUCAUCAUCAGUGGGGUAAUAUUAGAAUGCAUUAUGACAUAGUUUCUCUGCAAUAAUGUGUAGUUAGCAAAUAUGAAAAACUUCUGCAGAGUUUUUGAUAUAUACCAGGUAAUCCUAGGAGUAGAAGAACAUAUUUUAAAAAGACUGGUAGUGUUUUGUUUGUUUUUAUAGUACAUAUGUUCUCUUCUAAGGACAAAGUCUUGCAAGACAAAUUAAAUUUGUUAUGUUUUCAUGGAUUUGCAAUGCCUAAAGAUGUUUUGACUUCA